AUGGAAGCCCUAACCCCCGAAUCUUCUCGAGAAGAAAUGCGAAAUCUCAUGUUAUACCACCACGCAAACGCACUCUCGACAUUCCGAGAAGCAAUCUCCGCCGGAAUUGGACCGGGGAACGCCGCACCGGUUUUGUUGGCGAGUAUAGGAUUAAGCGUGUAUGCGUGCUCACAAGCACACGAGGAUACAUCCCCCGGCGCGACAGAAUGGAUGAAACUUUUACGUGGAUGUCGGGAUGUGAUGUCUGUUCUCCACUCUGAGGGACUCAUGCCUCCCCGGACUUGGAAAGCAUUGGUUGGGACCCUUCAGGAAGCCGCACUCGAAGCACCGAUGUUUAGCUAUGACCUUCCGUCUUCGCUUCGUGCGUUGACAUCCCCCUCCCACCCCUUCCACGAGGAGUCGAAACCAGCGUUGGAUAACCUCGCUAUCCUCCGUCGUCCCCAUCGCGUCAACCUCAGCGAAAUCCUAAGCUGGCCAGCACAUCUAAGUCAGGGGUUCAUGGAAGCGUUAGAGAGGGGCGAUGAGGAGGGCAUGAAGGUCUUGGUGGAGUAUUAUGCGUGUUUGGAGGAGGUCGAGGGGUUUUGGUGGGUUGAGCCGAUUAAGAAGAGGGGAAGGGAGAUUAAGGAGAAGGUUAGGGAGUGUAGAUAA